GUGGGCCGGUGAGGGCGCGCAGGCGCAGUGCGGGUUCGGUGGCCAACGAGCCGGGAUGUGGCCGCGGCCGCUUCUCUCUGCCUUCAGGUGGGUCGGCGGCGGCGGCCGAUGUCGUCGUGUGAAAUCUUCCAGGAAUGUCUGCACCUCGUGGUCUCAGGUGGCCGCGGCCUUCAAUGCCAAACCGAGCAGGAGGGCGGAUUUGUCCGGGAAGAAUGUGGGGCUAUUUGGUGUUUCUGAGCUGAGCACCCCAGCAGGGUUUCAGGUGGUACAAGAAAAGGCAUUGAAAGAAACUGAAGAGCUGGUGGAGCAAGCAUGUGUCACACCACCUGGUCCUCAGACCGUAAAGAUUUUCGACAAACUUUCUGACAGCCUUUGCAGGGUUGCUGAUUUGGCAGAUUUUGUAAAGGUAGCACACCCAGAUCCUGCAUUCCGACACGCUGCGGAGGACACCUGCAUGACCAUCGGCACAAUGGUAGAGAAGUUGAACACUAAUAUUGAACUCUGUACAAGUCUGAAACAUUUAUUGGAUAAUAAAGAAAUCAUGGAUUCCCUGGAUCCAGAAACCAGGAGAGUGGCGGAGCUCUUCAUGUUUGACUUUGAGAUCAGUGGAAUUCAUUUGGAUGAGGAAAAGCGAAAAAGGGUGGUACAACUUAAUGUUCAACUGCUGGACUUGAACAAUGAUUUCCUCUUAGGCACUAAUCUCCCCAACAAAAUUGCCAAGAAGUCUAUGCUAGAAAACCUCACUCACUGGUUCUCGAUGUCAGGGGAUUACAUUUAUGUCAAUGGACUUCACGCGGACUCACCUGAUGAUUUGGUGCGAGAAGCUGCCUAUAAAAUCUUCUUGUACCCAAACCCUGAGCAGCUGCAUUGUUUGGACCAGCUUUUGGCUUGCAGGAACCAAUUGGCGCACCUAGUUGGCUAUGAAAGCUUUGCACACAGAGCCUUACGAGGUACAAUGGCAAAGGAUCCAGAAACCGUGAUGUAUUUCCUGACAAAAUUAUCAGAAAGGCUGUCUGAUAGAACUGAAAAAGAUUUUAAAAUGAUGGAAGAAAUGAAGACAAAAUUAAAUCCAAGGAAUUCAAAACUGAUGCCUUGGGAUCACCCGUACUACAGUGGUAUUCUCCGAGCAGAGAGGUACAAUAUUGAGCCGAGCCUGUAUAGCCCAUUUUUCUCUCUGGGUGCUUGUAUGGAGGGUUUGAAUCUUCUAUUUCGGCAACUUUUGGGUGUCACGCUUCACGCAGAACAGCCAGAAGAGGGUGAGGUCUGGUCUGAAGAUAUCCGGAAACUGGCAGUGGUUCAUGAAACAGAUGGACUGCUGGGAUACAUUUACUGUGAUUUCUUCCACAGGCCUGACAAACCUAAUCAGGACUGUCACUUUACAAUCCGAGGUGGGCGGCUUUUGGAGAACGGAGAGUACCAGCUUCCAGUAGUGGUGCUUAUGCUUAGUCUGCCUCACCCAACUAAGUCCAGUCCAACCCUGUUAACCCCUGGUAUGAUGGAAAAUCUCUUUCAUGAAAUGGGUCACGCCAUGCAUUCCAUGCUGGGGCGAACCAGAUACCAACAUGUAACAGGUACACGAUGUCCAACAGAUUUUGCAGAAGUUCCCUCCAUUCUCAUGGAAUAUUUUGCUAGUGACUAUCGUGUGGUGAAUCAGUUUGCAAGGCACUACCAGACAGGACAGCCGUUACCACAGAACAUGAUCACCCGGCUCUGCGAAUCUAAGAAGGUUUGUGCUGCAGCAGACUUGCAACUGCAGAUCUUCUAUUCUGUCCUGGAUCAGAUAUACCAUGGGCAACAUCCUCUACCGGAAUCAACAACCAAUAUCUUAAAGGAAACUCAGGAGAAGUUUUAUGGACUUCCCCAUGUACCCCACACGGCAUGGCAGCUGAGGUUCAGUCAUCUUGUGGGAUAUGGUGCCAAGUACUACUCCUACCUCAUGUCAAGAGCUGUAGCCUCCAUGAUUUGGAAUAAGUGUUUCCUGAAAGAUCCACUUAACAGGGCUGUGGGAGAGCGCUACCGGAAAGAGAUGCUGGCACAUGGUGGUGGAAAGGUGCCCAUGAUCAUGGUGGAAGGCAUGCUUCAGGAGAGGCCGUCAAUGGAUGAUUUUGUUGAUGCCUUGGUGUUGGACCUGGAUUUUAACUUUGAAACCUUCUUCAUGGACUCAAAAUAAUUAGAACAACAAUAUUAAAAAAAAGUUUGUUGAAUUGUAGCUUUAUCUCUGCACACGGAAUAAGAUUCAAUCGUUUAUAAUGUGUCUGUGAUGUGAUUUAUAGACUGAAUUUCAUUUCCGUUAACAUUUUGUAUGGAUCAGGCUCUAACUUGAGCUUUAUAGCUUUCAUUAAAGUGUGUUUAAACUUUG